GGCGGAGCGUGUCCCCGCUUCCCGUCGUGCCCCACGUCCGGCGGGCCGGGCCGGCGCCAUGUCGGCGGCAGAGCCGUCUGUGCUGUGCCUGUUCGACGUGGAUGGCACCCUCACCGCGCCGCGACAGAAAAUCACGGCGGAGAUGGCGGCGUUCCUGCAGGAGCUGCGGCGGAGGGUGAAGGUCGGAGUGGUGGGAGGCUCCGACUUCGAGAAGAUCAAGGAGCAGCUCGGGGAUGACGGUGAGGUGGUUGAAAAGUUUGACUACGUUUUUCCAGAAAAUGGCCUUGUAGCCUACAAAGAUGGGAAAUUCUUGUGCAAGCAGAGCAUUCAGGGGUACCUGGGUGAGGACAUACUUCAGGAUCUGAUCAACUACUGCCUGAGUUACAUUGCGAAGAUUAAACUGCCAAAGAAAAGGGGCACUUUUAUUGAGUUCCGAAACGGGAUGUUAAAUGUGUCCCCCAUUGGAAGAAGUUGCAGCCAGGAAGAACGAGUUGAGUUCUAUGAACUUGAUAAAAAGGAACAUAUAAGAGAGAAAUUUGUAGCUGAUUUACGAAGAGAAUUUGCAGGAAAAGGCCUCACGUUUUCUAUAGGAGGCCAGAUAAGCUUUGAUGUGUUCCCAGAUGGCUGGGAUAAGCGGUACUGCUUAGGAAUCGUUGCCAACGAUGGAUACAAGACCAUUUAUUUCUUUGGAGAUAAGACUAUGCCAGGAGGGAAUGACUAUGAAAUUUACACAGACUCCAGAACAGAAGGCCACAGCGUCACAUCCCCACAGGAUACAAGAAGAAUCUGUGAAGAGCUGUUUUUCACAUAAAAGACUUUUAGGAGUCACACUGAUAAAAUGGUUAAGACUCCCUAAUAACUCAGAACUGCUGUAUGGUUUUUUGUAAUUGGUCAUGAAUAGCAAGUGCUCUACAGGUCAGUCAUUACUGAAGGGAAGUACUUUGUUGCUCAGUGGUAGAAUAUAGCUGAGCUCAUUGAGUACUAUCCUUUCCCUGUGCCCAUUUCACACAGGUGCUUUGUUUUCUCUUGUUGAUUGUGGGUUUUGGGCUGGGUUUUAAGACAUCAGUAAACUUCCUUAGCUAACUAAUUACAUUGGGCAGGGGGAAAAUAAUCUGAUUUAUGAUUUCAAAUUAUCCUGCAAGGCUUUAUCCCUUGUUUUUAUUAAGCUGCUAUUUAAAAGUUGAACGUUUUUGAGUUUGUUGGGCUUUUUUUAAAUACUACCUUUUGCUAUAAAAUCAUGAAUUACAUGGCAGAUGUGAUUUUCUUAUUUAAAACUGAAAGAUGAGUAAAAGAGUUGUUCUUUCUCUCUGGGGCUAGGAAGACAGAACUGCAUGGUUGGAACAUGCAUCAGUUCUACCACCACUGGAACAGCUGGGCCAGUCAGUUGCUGCUUAAGUUACUCAGUACAGCUGCAGUGCCACUGCACAGUGCAGCUCAUGGUACUUACACUAUUCACAGACUGUUUUUAAGUCUAAAAGUUAUUAAAAUUAAAUCUUGAGCUCAGUAAAAAAAUACACUUGUCAUUGAUUACAGUCCUGAUAGGGUAUUAUGGGUAGGUGAGGCUUUAGUACUAAGGACAGUGAUAUAAACUGUUAAAUUUCAAGUUGAAGCAUGACAAUAUGUAACAAUCCUACUUGUCACAUCUGGCAUUAGGAAAGCAAUCUUGUUUAAAACAGUUUCAUUUAGUAAAAGAAUAAAAAUCUCAUAACAAAAAAAA